UGCCCAUGACCCGGAAGCGGAACUUCCCGCACAGAAACGCGAAGCUAACUUCGGGCUCGUCCUCGUUGCCUUUCUGGCAUCAGACACCAGGUUUAGAUCACAAGUUAUUAAUGUAACUAUGUAUCUGUGAGGCCGAAGGAUGACUGUCACUAUCCUUGUCACUCAGAACACUAGAAGCACUCUCCUUGGUGUUGAGGAGUUCAGAAGGAGGCAGUUCUUGUUGCUCCAUUCCCUGAAGGCCAUCGUCAGAUCCCUGUACUCCUCUUCCUGCCUGUUCCUGAUACACGUCACAACAGCUGUGUCAUGCAAGUCUUUCUGGAUGUGGCAGGACUCAGGUGUAUUUAAAGUCCACCGUAUACAGGGUGAACAGGAACGGAGCUGGAACAGUCCCCUUGUUACCCAGUCUGACAUACUGUGGUCCUCUUGUUCAGCAGGUCAUGUCGGUCUCUCAGGUCUGUCCUGGUCUUUUCCUCAGCGGUCUGGACUCGGCUCUGAACCUCAGUGUGUUGGCCAGCAGGAACAUCACCCUCAUUAUUAACGCCAGUGGACUGGAGGAUGUGUCCUACCCUCCGCUGGACGGUCUGCAGGUCCUCCAUGUGCCGGUCCAGGAUCAACCUCACGCCCCCCUCAGACAGUACUUUGACCUUGUGGCUGAACAGAUCAACCAGAACCAGACAGGGAGGACUCUGGUCCACUGCACUGCUGGCAGGAGCAGAUCCCCUGCUCUGAUCAUGGCCUACCUGAUGAGGUUUGAAGGUCUCAGCCUCCGUCGGGCUCAUGAGCAAGUUUUGGAACAGCGACCCUUCAUCAGACCUAAUGCUGGUUUCUGGAGACAGCUGAUGGACUAUGAGAGGACUCUGUUCAGCAGGAACACAGUGAGGAUGGUGAAGACGUCCGGUGGAGUCCUGCCUGAGGCUCUGCAGGACCCUGAGGACUCCAGCACCACGGCAACAUACUGUGUCAAUGUGUGACAGACUGAGUCAUUAAAGCAGCUCUGGUCCAGAUUCUCCUGGAGACACAGUUGUCUUCAGUUAUUUUUUAAUGAAGGAUGAUCUUUGACUUUGAAUGUUACUUGUUUAGUUUGAAUGUUCAGUGUCACAGAGAAAAAUAGUAAAUAACUAUGAAACCAAGUUUUCAAGGAAAUAAAGGGAACUAGAAUCAC